UCAGGGGCACCCUGCGGCCCCCCCUAUGAUCUAUUUACUCUGCAUACUCCAAGACAUGGUUCGCCCCGUACCGUAACUUCAUUGCCUUCUUGCUGGUCUUGCUACCCACCCUUCCGCUUGGGAGGUGGCGAACCACUACACACAAACAGCCUUUGCACGCCCCGUUCGAUCACCGCCAGUGGCUUAGCAGAGCAGGCUCCUGCCACUGUUGUCACCAUGUCUUACGCCCAACCGCCGAAGUCAUGCUCGAACCCUGAAAUAUCCCCAGGUCGCCCCGACAGGCCCCGAUUUCACCACAGAUGCACUGAAGACCGCAUUCGCGAAGGUCUGGAAAGACCUCCAUCCUUCUCCAUGUCCAGCAAGCUCGCCAAAGAACGAAAAUCUAUCUUCAAGGAGCUCGGACUGGACACAACUCGGCCGAAAGAGCCCACUUCAAACGAGAAGGAAGGUAGCGAGCCCAAGAGACUCGCAUCACCCGCCAACGCUCGUGCCCCUGAUUCGGGUAACGACAACGCAAACGGUAAUGGUCAGCUUGGGGAAGCAAGACAAACAACACAUCAAAAAGAAGACGGACGAGUAGAACCCCAGUCCGAGCCAACGUCCCCAUCGUCGUCCCAACGGCCAUGGUACUCCAGAUUACCCAGGGUGCGCCGGCCUAAGAUGAAGACCGUCUCAAGCGCCCCUCCUAGCAUGUCUACCCUCGCGGAAGCCGGCGUAAUUUGAACCGGGGCUACGGAAUCCCGCACCGUGCUCCAAAGGGAAAUCACGCCGACAGAAGUGUGCAAGAGAUUGGCCCACCAGGGUGGGUGUAGUACGUGUCAGUCAAGGGCCUAAGAUAUACUCGAUUUCUUUUACUCGUCUUCUUUUUAUCUUUGCUUAAUCUCUCGCUUCCGGGUUUCCUUCUAAGAGUCCAACUUUCUUUUUAAAUAGAGGACGCGAAACUGCAUUCUCUAGGGAAUAGACUGAGAAUAUAUGGAGUAACUCUCCCUACUGAAACAGAAGAA